AACGCUGGAAUAUUGUUCUAUGGGGAGACACACUCAUGUGCUAAUGCCAAUUGCGACAUGCCAUUACGAUCUUCCUCGGCGGUCAUGCGAUUGCGAUUUGGGGCUUCAAACUUCUGGUUAUGCUCUGCGACCGGAAGUUGGCCCAUGCCAUCCGCUUCUGACUCUCACGAAGUAGUCUAGCGGGAAAUGGCAAACCAUACGUUACAUCAUCUGGCUUUCCUACCGCACCCAUCGGGUCUUCAAGUUCCUGGGUUCUCGCUGAGUUCUUCUUCCUCCGAUUUCCCUUUCGUCCCUACCGAGUCUUCUUCCAUUAUGGGCCAACUCUCCUCCAUCAUCACUGUCGGCGAGCAUUCACCAACAUGGUGGGCUAUCGGUGUACUCAUCGUCUCGCUCGCGGUCAAGAUCACCAUUACGCUCAUCAAUGGCUACCGCACAAGGAGGUUGAUGCCCCCGUCCCCUCCUGGUCUGCCUCUGCUUGGAAACGUCUUCCAGCUGCCGCAGUUCCAGUGGCAUAGGUUCACCGAAUGGAAGGCUCAGUAUGGUGACUUGUUCUCGCUGAACCUUGCGGGACAGCCAGUUAUCGUCGUGAACAGCAUCGAUGUUGCAACUGAUCUCUUCGACAAGCGCUCUACUAUCUAUAGUGACCGCCCACCGUUCAUCAUGGCGAGCGAGAUCUUGACCGGCGGGAUCUUCAUCGCGUUCUCCAAGUACGGUGAAUUGUGGCGUAAGUUGCGCCGAGCGGCUCAUGAGGGUUUCAACGUUCGCGCUUGUGAAGAUUACCAACCUUUGCAGGAAAAGGAAUCUGCCAGGCUUGUAAACCAUAUGUUGGAGGAACCCGACAACUGGGAUGACCAUCUCAAACGAUCGGCGGCUUCUACCGUCCUGUGCGCGACAUAUGGUUGGCUCCCUCUCGGCAAGGAAGGCGACCCUUUGGUCGAAACUAUCAACAACCUCAUGCAUCGACUUGUCCAGGCGUGUCUCCCAGGUGCUUUCCUUGUCGAAAUAUUUCCCUCUAUGAAACACCUUCCGACAUGGAUGGCCAAGUGGAAGAGGGACGGUCUAGAGUAUCAUCGCAAGGAUAGUAUUAUGUUUGAAGGGUUUAUGAAUGAUGCGAAGGACAAGAAGGAGAAAGGCACUUUGGAGCCUUGUUUCGCUGGAACUCUUAUCGAGGACGAGAAGAAAUACGCUCUUACCAAAAAGGAGGCUGCGUGGUUGGCCGGCACUGUGUUCGGUGCUGGAGCUGAGACUACUGCAGCAGCCCUAUCAGUCUUCAUGCUCUCUAUGACACUCUAUCCGGAGGUCAUGAAGAAAGCUCAAGCACAGAUCGAUGCUGUCGUCGGUCGUGAUAGGAUGCCCACCUUCGCCGAUCGGGAGGAGUUGCCUUACAUCACGGCUAUUGUCAAGGAACUUCAUAGAUGGAGACCAGUCGGUCCCCUAGGUCUUCCUCGCAGGACCAUGAAAGAUGAUUGGUACAAUGGUUACUUUAUCCCCGCUGGAACUCUCGUCAUCGCCAAUUGCUGGGCAAUGAACCGUGAUCCCAAGCUCUUCCCCGACUUUGAAGAAUUCCGUCCUGAACGAUACUUGGACGCGAGUGGAAAACUCCUAGAGCCUAUCGCUGGAACUCAUCUUCAAGGACAUGUUACCUACGGUUUCGGUCGUCGUAUCUGCGUCGGCAUGAACUUAGCAAAUCAGGCACUCUUCAUUGACAUCGCUUCUAUGCUCUGGGCCACAUCUAUCGAACGUGCUCUUGAUAGUGACGGCAGGCCUGUCAUCCCUUCGAGGACGGAUUGUCUCGAUGAGGGUCUCGUUGUACGACCUGUUCCGUUCCAAUGUGUGAUCAAACCACGUGGAGCAAACGUCCCGUCGUUGGUUCAGAGUACGAUGCAGUAGAAGCCUGUGUAUGUUGGUGGGAUAGAGCAUGCAAAGAGCGUAGAUGAGCUGAGUCAGAAGAUGUGUUCCCAGGCUUUGGAAUUGAAUAGCAGUCUUGAGCCGUCUCGAUGGUUGAAUGCGUCUAUCGAGCUGUACAUGUAUGAGCCUUCUUCCUAGAUAUGUCGUAUUGUUUCUUGUCUGUGCAACUUUGCAGCCUGUACUUUGCCUGAAUGCAUUGACUUCGUGACUUGAACAAAUAAACCAUCACAACGCCUCUGACUUGCGAAGUAAAUUGAGGUGUCAGCUGGGCGGCUGACCUCCCUUUCGCUUCACUUAGAUAUUAUAUUCUGCAACCUUGCAAAGUUGUGCUUCAGCCCGCUGCGCGCAGACGCUUUUUGAGCUGACAGCUUACACAGGGUUUGCAAACAAAUAGUUCCUUUGCAAGUCUCAUACACCGAUGUGAACCAUAGUUACAGGCGCGUGUUGGUUUCCCGCUGAGCUGCUCUCGCUUUCGCGAUGGCACGCUUGAACUCA